AUGGUUUCCCAACUGGAUUUCCCACCGCUCGUGGAGAAGAUGAAGGGCCAACGCACAACCAAUGGAUACGACGUUCUGGUGUCGUACUCCGAGGAUAAAAUCAAUCAACUGCUCGAAGCACGCUCCCGAGACCUGGCUUCAAUCCUGGACAUUGGACCGCUGACGAUAACCGGCGAAUGGCCGUUCGGGGACCCGUUCACCCUUUCCCUGAGCAUGAAGCUCGACCAUCCUCGGCUUCAGUUCCAGGACGACCACGGAAACAUCAUCCUCACCUUCGGCGUCAAGGAAGGACAUUUCGAAGAUGUGGAUACAAAGCGGACGAAAGAUCUGCCCAAGGAUCUCGAACUCAGCUUCAAAACCACCCUCACCAACGUCACGGGUACCGUGGAGAGUGGCUUUGCGCAGCCAGGUGUCAAGAUCACGCCGGUCAAUCGCACGGUCACCCUCAACCCGGCCGAGAAGGACGUGGCCCAGGGCGUCUGCAUUACGUUCGAGAAGGCCUCGCUCGAUAUCGUAUCCACCACGGGGCAGAAAACGACGGGGCUCGCCAUGUUGAAGGCCGGUCUGCAGGAGUAUUUCCAGGAUAAUGCCGAGCUCAAAUAUUAUGUCGCUGGCGUGUCUAACCAGUACCAAUCAGAAGCUGGAUCCCAUGUCUUACGGCCUCACUCCUUUUCCUUUGCCACAUAUUCGGGCAAGACGAAUGACGACACAUCCGUGUUGUGUAUGCAGAUCAAGGUCGCGCAGGACGCAGACCGAAAGGCUGCUUCCUUGGGGGAUAACCCGUGGAGUCUGUUCAAUGCCAAUGGGCUGUGUCCGAUUCCCCGCGGAUCCACCUGCAGCAUCAUCAUCCAAGGUGAUUUGCUUAUAACAAAAUUCAUCCUGCCCAGUCUACCCAACGGGUUCGAUGGCAUAGAAGACAGGACGCCUCCUCAGACGGGUGGAUUUAUCCUCGCUGGAGCCAUGAAAGCCAGCGACGUUAAAAUUCCGGCAAUGCACAAGGACGAAGAGCUAAUGGGGGGCUUGGGCAGAAAGAUCGUGGAUGUGGAAGCCAUGCAAUUCAGCCCCUCCCAACCCAAAACCAAAAUCACGUUCGACGGUGCCAUCAACACCAAAUCAAACGAAGUCAAAUACACCAGUGACAAGCAGCGAGUCAAUCGGUUUGAGAAUCUCAUAUCGGACGGGCACGGAGCCCCGACCAGAGGCAAGACCAACCUCGAGUUUUCCUGGACCGCCAAAGGCUCGUGGAAAGACAAGAGCAAUCCUGACCAUCCUAAUUUGCUCGGUUUCGACUGGGUCGGCGAUGACAGCUGGAAGAUCGAGGUACCCAAGGAAGACCACCCCUGGUGGGAAGCGCUUUUCGGCUUCGGCACCGAGCUUCCAGAGCCGUAUAAGAAACUGCAGGUCCCCAGCCCUGAUGUGAAGCUAGAGAUGAAGACGCUCGACUAUUUCUUGACGACGAACUUGCUCUAUCCGGGCAAGCACGUCUUCAAGGCGGAUGAUCCUUCUUCGAAGAGUACGGACAGAGGGCUUGCGCUCCCUCAUGACUUGAUUUUGACCGGCCAAACCUUGACCAGCUGAGCUUCUCUGUUGACUCCUGGCUUUCUUGUCGGAUUCAUGUUGACUUCUAUCCCAGUCAAGUCUGGGUAGUCGAUUUGUGUGUAUGGCUGGAUGCUAUCCAACUGAAAUCCGAAUACGGAGACCUAUGGACAGGUGCAGCAUCCUCAU